CUUUGAGGUGUCUAGCCUGAAUGUGGAAGUGGAAGGUGGAAGCUACCUUCCUACUGUACGAGUACCCGUCCCCGUACUCUACCCAUACAGGUAGUGAAACAGGCCGAGAAGCCAGGUAAGCCUAGCACUCGACACCACCACCAUCACCACCAAUUCAUCACAAUUUUUGCCUCUCCAACAUCCGCCAUCACCCAUUCAGUCGUCUCCCAAAACAUCCAUCACUUCCAUCUCCUCGGCCAGGUCAUGACAGCUGCACAGCGAUAACGACCAAUCCCAACACCACCCCAUUGCUUCGCAUUCUAUCCGAACAAUUCCCUUGUCGCAUCUUUCAGCCGAUACAAGUACCGACCUCGAACCACCACGAUCCUCCUACGACGACGAGGCGCCAGCACCAAUACCAACACCAUCAAUGCAUAGGCAUUAAUCGUCCUUUUUCCGACCACGCCACACUUGACGGUGUUUCCCAGCAGCACUGAUCCUCCUCACCUCCAUCCAAAAAUCCUCCGGCGAUGAAGCUACACUCGCUCCUUGGUCUUCUGGGCCUGGGAUCCAUAUCCAUCGCUUCAGCCUCCAAUCUACGUCCACGGGAUUACGAAGCCAACGACUAUUAUGUUCUCGAGCUGGAUCCCAAUACACGGCCCUCGCAGGUAGCAGCGUCACUGGGUUUGACACACGAGGGUCAACUGGGCGAGUUGGCAGACCACCACAUAUUCUCAACUUACAAGCAUGAUGAGGAUAUUGUACAUACAGCAUUAAAAGAACGAAGAAGGCGAAAACGAAGUGAAGGGGGGUCCCAUCCCCUCGAUAAUGUUAGAUUUGCUCAAAAACAAAAGUUGAAGGCACGCAUGGAGAAGAGAGGCAUUCUCCCACCACGGCCAGCAGGAUAUGAAGCACUCGUCGAAAGAAAGGCGCCACCUCCAGCCGAUGAAGCAUUGGCCUACCAAGCAGAGGUAGCGAAGAAAUUGGGAAUAAGAGAUCCCAUAUUUGACGAACAGUGGCAUUUGUUCAACCCGGUUCAGGUAGGCCACGAUGUGAAUGUCACCGAUGUUUGGUUACAGGGCAUCACCGGCAAAAAUGCAACCGUGGCCAUUGUAGAUGAUGGCCUGGAUAUGUAUAGUGAUGAUCUGAAGGACAACUAUUUUGCAGAAGGGUCCUACGAUUUCAAUGAUCAUUCCCCAGAGCCGAAACCACGAUUGUCCGACGAUCGACAUGGUACCCGUUGUGCCGGAGAAGUGUCUGCGGUCAAGAACAAUGUCUGCGGAGUUGGGGUCGCCUGGGACUCGAAGAUUGCAGGAAUUCGAAUCCUUUCCAAGUUGAUUACCGAUGCCGACGAAGCGAUAGCGAUGAACUACGCAUACCAGAAGAAUCAAAUCUACUCUUGCUCUUGGGGUCCACCAGAUGAUGGAAAGUCCAUGGAUGCUCCAGGCAUAUUGAUCAGGAAGGCAAUGGUAAAUGCAGUUCAAAAGGGUCGAGGAGGUUUGGGAUCCAUCUACGUGUUUGCGUCCGGAAACGGCGCUGCAAGCGAAGAUAAUUGCAAUUUCGACGGUUACACCAACAGUAUUUACAGUAUCACGGUUGGUGCGAUUGAUCGAAAAGGUCUUCAUCCUUACUACUCGGAAAAAUGCUCUGCUCAAUUGGUUGUUACCUACAGCAGUGGAAGUGGUGAUGCUAUUGUAAGUUUUGAAACUCAUGCUUAGUAUUAUCCUCUACUUGUACUAAUUUCAAAUAGCACACUACCGAUGUAGGAACCAACCAAUGUUACAAUGGACACGGUGGAACCUCUGCUGCAGCUCCACUCGCCGCAGGUAUUUUUGCCUUGGUCUUGGAAAUUCGACCUGACCUUACUUGGAGAGAUAUGCAAUAUUUGGUCAUGGAAACCGCAUUACCAUUCGACUUGGAUACCGGAGAAUGGCAAACUACCAGUAUUGGAAAGAAAUUCUCUCACACUUUUGGAUACGGAAAAAUUGAUACCUAUGCAACCAUUGAAGCAGCCAAGACUUACAAGCACGUCAAGCCUCAAUCAUGGUAUUACUCACCUUGGAUUCACGUUAAUCAGAGUAUUCCUCAAGGACAGGAUGGAUUGGCUGUCUCUUUUGAGGUCACGAAAGAAAUGCUGAAAGAAGCCAAUCUCGAGCGUCUUGAACAUGUUACUGUUACCAUGAACGUUGAGCACACCAGACGUGGUGAUAUUAGUGUUGAUUUGGUCAGUCCUGACAAGGUUGUCAGUCAUCUUUCAGUCACUCGACGCCUGGAUGGUUUCAAGGGAGGUUACGAAGACUGGACCUUUAUGUCUGUGGUUCAUUGGUGAGUAGUGAAAUCUCAGAGUAAUAUGAUUCAUUCUAACAAUUACAGGGGCGAAUCUGGUGUAGGAACUUGGACAAUCAUUGUCAAGGAUUCUAUUGAAAAUGAAUUCAACGGUACCUUUAUUGACUGGCACCUGAAGCUAUGGGGCGAGAGUACCGAUGCUUCCAAGACAACCCUCUUGCCUAUGCCGGAUGAACAUGACGACGACGAUCACAAUGCAAUCGCAAGCAGUACCACUACAGUCACAGGUGUCACCACCACUAACGUUGCCUCCACCCCAACCGGCCCCAUCCUGGCCAAUCCAACUGAUCAUCCAGACCGCCCAACUAAACCCACUGCCGUUCCUGCGGACCACACGACUCCUACACCAACCAGUGCUGCCACCCCAGCAGCAUCAGAGAGCUCUUCUACUUGGCUACCAUCCUUCCUCCCUACCUUUGGCGUAACACCCAAAACACAAGUUUGGAUCUAUGGCGCUGCUACCCUGAUCGUGGUCUUCUGCGCAGGAAUGGGUGCCUACCUCUACAUCGCACGUCGCAAGCGUCUCCGUAACAACCCAAGAGAUGAGUGGGAAUUUGAUCUUUUGCAAGGAGAAGAGGCGGAAGGACUUAAUGGCGCGGGCAAGGUCGGCCGAAAAGGAGGCAAGAGAAGAGCUGGUGAGUUGUAUGAUGCGUUUGCUGCUGGAAGUGAGGAUCAGUCUGAUGAGGAAUUCUCAUCGGGUGGUGAUGAGAGGGAGAAAAGGUUGUACGAGGAUGAUUUGAGUGAUGACGAAGGAGGAAGCGGAAGUGGAAGUGGAGGGUCUAGGACGCACGUUAUCGGUGAUGAUGAUGAUGAUGAUGAUGAUGAUGACAGUGUAGCCGAGGGGGGUAAUGAGAAGGGAGCUGGAAGGGGUUUGAUUGGUAAAAAGGAUUUUUGA